UUAAUUGCUAACCUUUUUGAAAUAUAAUACCGGCGACUAAUAUACAUACCCGCUACUGCAUAAAACAAAAAUCUGUAUAAUAUUAUAUUAAUUGCCCGCUUUGAAAGAUUCUGUCGGCAAUGGAUGAAGUAGUCUGGGGUUUGCGCAUAGACAUGUAUUAAAUAGGAGAAGUUGAAAUUAAAUUAUAAAAUUAAAUGUUUUUAUUUAAAUUCUAUUUCAUGUUUGAUUGUCCAUUUGGUGUUUUCUCAAAUCGGCACAGCAUUAUAAUAUACAAUUUAUAACUAAUUUAGAACGCCAUGUCUGUUGUUAAUCGUCUAAACAAGACGCAAUGUACAAAAGGUACUCUCUUCAAGAUCGCUCUUCGUAAUGAAGAACAUAAUCGCUAAAUCGAUUCGUUGCGUUGAGUUUAUAAGGGUGUGUAUGAAAUUUGUGACCGUGCGUUGUGACAGUCCGAAAUGUUGGUGUGUUCUACUGUUGUGGAUGGUGUAUCCUGUUGCAAUUAGUGAUGGGCAGGUCGACCCGAACCUACCGGCUCGAGCCAUUCAUAAGCGACCCGAACCGGUUCCGUUCGACCCGUAGAUACAAGUAGGUCCAGUAGGUGCAAACGACUGGCAAGCGUUUGCAUAAGGGUUUGCGUUCCUUGUUGUACUACGGGUUGGUUGGUUAGAAAUUGCGGACGCCAAAAAUUUAGGAAUCGUUCGGUGCGUCUCACGAUUCACUUUCAUAUUUACGAAAGACUACAUUGGUAGGUCUGAUUAUCGGUGAUGUAGCCCGGUUUCUAAGCAGGCCAAAGGCAAUCUUAAAUGAUUACAGUAAAUAAUAAUUUUUUUUUGGGGCGGCCAGGUGGUGCAUGUGAAAAACGGCGCCCGUCCACACGGCAGGGACCGGGUUCAAAUCCCAUCCGAACCGUCCCCCCGUAGCAUGGACUGACUAUCCUGCUACGUGGUAAAAUAAGUCUUGAUACGGCCAGGCCGUGCUAACCGAACAAAAAAAAAUAAUAAUUAUUAUUUUUAUUUAUAAUCAAUGAUUACGGGUUUGGGCUUGUGGAACCAAACGCUAAGCGGUUAAGGCUUUGUUGACCAGGAAUCUAAUACGUAUACGUUGAUCGGGACUGUCCGGGACAUCUAGUCUCUGGUGUUAUCCUCGAAGGCGACUGUUUCCUCAAAGGUUUGGCUAAGGCACUACAAAAAACAUGUAUAGACUAAUACAACACAACUGAUAAGAAUAGGUGUAGAAGGAAACGGAAAGAGGGAAAAUUGGGAUACGAUUCAAAUGUCGUCUCUGGCGUUGUACCUGGCGAAACGGAAUACAAGCCUCAUGUACUCCAGGUUCCUACAAGCCAAAACAUCUCGAAUCGGUGUAUUCAGCUGUCUGCCGAUGGCCCCAACUGCAGGCUCUUGCGGCUUCAAAUUCCACAGAAGAUGAUCCACAUCGUGGAAUUCAAUGCCGCAGCACAAGACUUUCGUCUGAGCCAGAUUAAUACAUUGUAGAUGUGAAGGCAGAAUCGAGACAGCAUCCGAAUGAAUUCACGAUCUAUAGAGAUCAAUCUGAAAUGAUUGCAGUAAAUAAUUAUGUAUGCCACAUAAUUACCCGACGAUAUACGAUACGUUGGUUUUCAUUGUCGAGUAUGUAUCUCCUUCGUGCAGCACAAGGAAAAGAACAUUUAGCAAGGUAGUGUACCCAGAUCUAUGUAUAUACUAACAUUUCCUUUCUUUUAUCGUAAAUCCCCGUUUGUGGGAUGCAUGCAUUGACACAACUGCAUCGUGAAUUUUUAUUUUGUUUACGUAAAAAUGUAGUAGUAUGUAGUCCAGCCACAGCCACUUAUUCUACACAGUUAGCUUAUUUUGCAACAAACGCAAAUCAAAUAGGUGCUAGUGCUUUCGUAUUGCAGUAGCAUAGGGUACGCUAGCUGCGCUCGAUAAACAAACAACAUCCGGCAGGCAUCCAAAUUGACGCCAAAGGGUGUUAAGUAGGUGGAAGGAAAACCUUACAAUGUGGUUUGUUGUGGAAUUUUACGAAUUACAAGGGAGAUAGAGAAAUGGGAGAUCGGAAGCUGGUGUUUGUAGCAUUUUACGGUGUGUCAUUCCAAUUCGUCGAACGUAGCCAUUUUAUGAUUGAGCCUUUAUGAUUUGAUAUGUUAUGAAGGACGAGGGAUGAAUGGAGUUUGAUGAGGAUUUGCCCCACUUGCUAUUUCGUUUCAACCCGCGCAUGAACCGUUUCGAAUAAGAGUUUCAUUCGAGUUUAUCGACGCACAAACAGUCGUCUCUCGGUCUUUCGCAUGAUGUGAAUUUUCUCUAUGUGUUGGAAAUUUCUAAUCAUCUCUCCAUCGACUAUUGGACGUCUCCAUUUUGUUCCAACUUUGUGUAAGGUGUAUGUCUAAGGUCAGUAACGUUAGCGUUGGUUCAUAAACUUUACGAGCGGCCAACAAAUUAGGAUGAAAUCGAUCGUCCAGUCGAUCAUAAAAAUCUAGAAGAAAUUUCUCUUACUGGACUGGUAAUGGGGUCUAUGAUACCUUCCACUAGUUUUUUUAUAUGGACUUUGACGAUUGGCGGCUUAUUUGCUGCAUGUUUUCCAUACAAACAGCUCAGCAAAAUAAGCCUGCGUAUUUCAGAUUAGAAAAUUUUUCUAAUGUUAGUUUCGAUCAGCUGCUCGACAAAUGUCAAAACAAGGCAUUUUUCUAGCAGGUCUGAAACAGGUUAGGCCAUAUUUGAUUCUGCUGAAUGUUGAUUGAAUUUGGAUUUAAAGAAACAAUGAAAUUACAUGAGUUUAAUUAUGUUCAGCUUUUUAGGAAAAAUAAUACAAAUUUUUACUUGUGCUAUGCCUAUAUUUCGAACUACAUUUCGACGCUGUAAUUCCUGUUUCGUCAAAACGCGGUUUUACAAAACUGCAGCCUAAUGUAAUUUUUUAUGUCAAAAUGCUAGGUCCUUGAGGAAUCCUUGCAUGAUGAUAUUACCUGUCAACAAUUUCCCGCUCGAUUCUGCUCGAUGUUUUGACAGAUCCGGGCUAAAAAUUUUAGCUUUCUAACUUAAGGUAUCAUAGACCCCAAUGAUGGUCGGGAACUUAUCUUUGGUAGCGGGACACUCAAAGCUCUUGAAAGCAACAAGGUGAUGUUUAGAUUGAUCAUACGUUUCUCCUCCGUCUAGGUUAAAUUAGAUUUAUUUAUAUCCAUUUUCCAUGCUUUUUAUUUGCUUAUUUAUCUACAGUUAUACAAGCAUUAUAACUAAAUUAGCUCAUACUUUGGUUUUCUGUGGCUAAUCUUUAUCUUCAAAGGCAUAAAAAGGUCGAUUUUUCUUCUUCGUAUUAUUUGUUAUUAAAUGCAAUUCUGGUAUCCAAACUUGACAUUGCAUAUAAAAUGCCUAUUUUGUUAUCUUCAUCGAGUGGCUGGGUGUUUCGUUUUUAUUGGUUUUGCAGUUGCUGCAUUCGAUAUAGUGUUUUAAUUUUUGUGUUCCUUUUUAUUUUUGUUAUUUGGCAUUUUUUGGUGGCGAAAUGCGUUGAACUCUAUCUCAUGACAAACCUACGAACAUUAUACUUUAUGUUGCAUAAAAUUUCAACUACGAUAAGAUGUUUAGCAAUUAUGCUACAUAGAAAUAAACUAAAUACUAAAGGAACUUAAGGAAUGGUUCUCCUUCUUAUAUUGCUUACCUAUUAAAACUUCAAACACCGCAUGUACUACCUUCCUUCCUAUUGUGAGAGUCAGAGCUCUCUGGGAUCGCGGGCGCCAAUAUUGUUUCCCUCUCUCUCAGGCUCCGUGAGAAUCGUUGGAAGCUUUCGGCCCUACGGCGGCCUCAUUUCAAAACACGCAAGUUAUGAAUGAAAUCUCUCACCUCGCGUUGCGUAAUAUUAUGAGUGAAUCUGUUUCUGUGUGUAUUCCCCUUCCCUCGUGUUUUGUUGUCCGUUGGAUCACCGAAAGUUCGAGCUCGUUUUACCGCCUUUUAAAUCGCUAAACAACAAACACACCCCUACUGUGCACCCCUCCUACCCGUUGAUAGAACGUACACUUGAGCCCCGGUGGUGUUUUGUACAGUUUUUUUUCGUUAUUAACUUCACAACACACUGCUACAACAGCAUCGUGGACUUUGUAUUGAGAAGUGUCAACAACGGCACACAUUAUUGUUAUUUUUUUAUAAUGAGUACAUAUUACAGAGUUAAUGAGUACAGUAUUCUCACAAUACCGUUAGUUCCAUUUUUUUGUUGGUGAACCUGUUGACGUUUAGGUGCCACGAAUCUACGUCUCAAGCAAAUUGCGCAUUAGAAAAAUAUGUUCUUUUAGUGUGUGCGACAGGUUAGUUCGUCAUCCCCACAACCGGACUUGUUCGUCUGCUCUCUACUCUUUGUGCUAUUUCGUUAUUUGUUUUUUCUCUUUACCAUUACACCGCAUUUCUAAUUUGUUCGACGCCUUCCAUCUAGUGAUAGGUAAAUCCUCAUUUUUCUCGGAGUCGAAUUAAUUCGACUACGAGGCAUUCCGGAGUUUACUACCGAGUUUACUCUGGAGUAAUUGAGAGUUUGCUCUGGUGUAAUAAGGAGUAAUCUCCGAUAUUAACUACGGAUUAAAAUUCGGAGUGCACUGCGGAAUCAAUAUCAGAAGGAUGUGGAGAGCAAGCGAGAAGCGUGCAUAUCCAUACAUAUGUAUAUAUAAAAUUCUCGUGUCGCGGUGUUAGUGUGCAAACUCCUCUUAAAGGGAUGAACCGAUUUGCAUGAAAUUUUCGCUGAACGUUCGUUAGGUAUGGGAAUAGGUUUACCGCUACUUUCCGUUUUACUUGGUAACCUUUAGCCUAACAAGUCUGAUAUCAAUGUUAAUAACACCAUUAGAUGCUUAUUAUUUAGACAAUAAUCAUUACAACACAGAAGAAUGAUGGCACAAUAAGUAUUUUGUGUCGGCUCGGGGUCCGUUACGUAUGAAAUGUUCUGUCUUCUUUCGGAGCCCCUCCAAACGACGGGACCCUAGGCGGCCGCCAACUCCGCCCACCGUUAGAUCCGCUACUGUAUCCACAUGAAUUUGUUGCUGUAUAUUUAUUUAUUGUAACGUUCUCUAGGGAUGGUUCAACUAUUAAGUAACGCAAAAAUUGGGUUAUGAUCCCCUCUACAAGCAUUCCCCUCUAUUUAUUAUGAAGUAAAGUGAUGGAUCCCGCCCGACCAUUCGUUUCUCAAACUUUUACACUGUUAAGAUUAUUUUAGCGAUGUUGAGGAGGUGUGCGAUCUACGAAAAAAAGUAAUAAUGGAAAAGCCUUCACACCUUAUUUAUAUUUUCCUCAAUAUUAUAUGCAUGUAUCUUGUCAAAAUGUCAAAAUAAUGACAAAAAAUAUAGAAACGGUCAACAGACAUUCGUGAUCGAACGAUUCUUGCGAAACACACCUUCCGACAAGUCUUCCGUCGUGUUAUUCAUAGUUUUAUAAUAUUAAACUAACAAAUCUCUUCUUCGUUCCUUCAUACAAUUUUCAUAUUGAAGCUAAAUUAUGCUCUUGAUGACGGAUCACUCUUUCCUCUGAGUAAGAAGGUGUUCAUAUGUACUUUCUGUUGCACUUAUUAUGGAGCGUUUAGAACUAUGCUUCUGUUUGACGCUCUAGCCUAAACUCCAGCUGCUAGCUUAUCUAAACGAGAUAAAAACUUAAAUAAAAUAAAUAAUUAAUAUAUGACGGACACAAAAUGCAUUCAAUAAUUUUAGAAGCAUCUUAUUUUAUGUAAUGUAACACAAGGUUGAACCCCUCCUUCUGCAUUAUGUAACAAAUCGUAACGUUGGAGGUAACCCCCUCUGCCCUAUCAGCGUUACGUAAUAGUUGAAUAGUUCCCCUAUAUAUAUUUUGAUUUAUAACACGUGCAACUCAAACUCCAGUCAAAACAGGGCUAGCGUCUAGGGUGGUUUGGAAGUUGGAAGAAAAUAAUGUAAAAUAAGUAGCUUCCUUGUGGUCAAACGUUAAAUUCAGAUUUCUAUUGUUUAGAGCUGGGGUCGGCAAAUUCUGGCCCGCGGGCCAAAUCCGGCCUGCGAGAAAAAUUUUGUAGGGCUCACGUCACGAACACAAAAUCCAAUUAUCCGAUAUCAGAUUAUUUUAAGUCCUGUGAAUCUAAAUCAACACCAACUAUGUCGUACCCAUUUACAUUUUUUUCGAAAAAAAAUAUCAUAUAAUCUCUUGGGUAGUAAACACUGUAUUCAAAUGAUUCAAAAUUUGUUUCCAGUAUUUAGCCCGCAGUUUCAGGUUAAUUUUUACUGUCUGGCCCUUUUUGGUGAAAACUCUGCCAACCCCUGGUCUAGAGCAAUGGCCCGCCAGAAACUCAAGGAGAUUGUUUGAGAAGUUAUAAUGCUUCAUCCAUUUAGUCCACAUUUGGCACCACGUGUUUCUUGCUUCUUGCUUGGCUUAACGACAUCUAAGGUCACGCCGGUCAUUUCUGGCUUACUAGACUUGUUUUACCACAUAGCCGGAUAGUCAGUCCUACACGUCCUGCUACAAGUGCAGGGGACACUUGGGGGACACGGUCUGGGUGGGAUUUGAUACCCGGUCCUGUCGUGUGGAACUUGCGCCGUUUAACACAUAUACCACCGGCCUACACGUGUUUACCAUAGAUAUUUUCUUUACAAAACUUCAUAAGUAGAAAGAAAUUGAGAUCAAGAGAAAAUCGAUUACUCCAAUUUUAUACCAAGUCUCAAGAUUUCUACGAUAGGCAUUUUGAAUCCUACGCUAAUAUUUAAUCUAUUUUUUUAAUUUGUUACAUUCUUUAUCAAAUUGGGGUUUCACAUUCCACACAAAAUAGUUAUUAUAUUUUUACUCAAAGUUCCUAUAAUCAUUCAUCAUGGUAAAACACUGCCAUAUCGCCAUAUUUAUUUAUUCGUUCAAAAUUAUGUCACCAUACUCCAACUUAUGUGAGGUGUGUAUCAUAAAAUCCCGUGUUGCAGACAAAUGCAUUGGAAUGAUUAGAACUCUUUUCGAUUCUAGAACAUGAUGGUGGUAUUGCAUGGCUUGAUUAGAUAAUGAUUUCGAUUGGUAAUGUCGUGCGAUUCGACGGGCGUUUGUAUUUGAUGGCCAGUUCCGGCCAUCUUAUGCGUUUUGUUGUGCUGUAAAUCAAUUACGGCUGUUAAUGAGUAUGGUAAGUAUGAGUAUUAAUAGUAAAUGAAAAUGAUGCUUUAAUCGAAUGUUUCGUGUGGAACAAAAAAGGCGCAAAUUUAUGUUAAAUUACUAAAAAAUAGCACAUGUUGUACAUCAUUCGAGAGAGUUUUGUACGAUGCUGUCCUAUCGGCGAAAGGAUAAAUUUUUCAGAUUCUCGUGAGAAAAAAAAUACAAUGGAUGCUAUCUUCUCAACGACAGUAUCUCCAGCAUCAACGGGACGCUUUCGCUUAAAACGCAUGCGCUCAUGCAUUUUCUGCCCGUAAUUCGUGUGGCAGGAGAGCCCUAUUGCUACCGGUGAAAAGAGAUCAUUUCGGGUGGGGCUAUGCACAUUUAUGUUCAGCUCGUAGCAGUGUGCAAUAAUUUUGGACGAAACAAACGGUAUGGCACAUAAGAUGUUGAAAUAUGUUUAAUAAAAUUUUGCGUUUGAGUUUAAUAAAACUUUUUCGAAUCGUGUUUUUUUACUACAUAAAUCUGAUCACAAAAAUAACUUUUUCAAUCGUAUGUAUUUUACAUAAAUAUUGAGUAUUUUAAAUGGAACAUUUUAUGUAGGCGAAAAGCUUAGCUUAUUUUAUGUUUAAUGCUUGAUGAUAUGUGGAAUAAAUUAAACGAAAGCUUUCACACUAUCAUUAAAACAAGUUGAGCUACAGCAAAUCACACUUGGGACAAAGUUUCUCAUGCUUGCGUGUGUGCACAUAUACCCACAUAUACUGCGAAUAUAAAAAAGGAAUUAAACACCGAAAAGUAAACAUUUUUUCUUCCAAUCGGCGCUGUUAUGAGUGCAGCACAAGGAAGUGGUUGUGUAAUGUUGAUUCACAAACAUCCUUCAACGAAAUGAAAAGAUGGUAACACGUAAAAGAAUUGUUGUAAUUAUGCUUUGCAGAAUGGAAACGUGUUUUUCCCUUCUUUUUCUUCCACAGCUUUCCUCUCUUCUUGGCUUAACGACCUCUAAGGCCAUGCCGGCCAUUUCUGGAUUUUUACCACAGUCCUUGCUACGCGAGGACGAUAAAAAAGGGAUUUGAUAUCCGUUCUUGUCUCGUCGUUUGUGGUAUAAACCAUCGAGUCGCCUGGUUGUUUUCCGUGUGUUUCAUUAUCCCUAACGGAAGAAAAAAAAACUGCAAUGGAAGGAGUGAAAGAAUUCCAUACAUGCGUUCUGUGUCGAACCAGUACAACCACGACCAGCCUCAACGUUGUCGUACAGCAUACAACAAACGAGAAGGCAUAACGCCGUAAAUGGUGGAGCUUACGAGUUGUUAUAUUGGUGUUGCACACUCUAAUGCAGAAUGCAUCUAGCGCACGGUUAUGCUGUAUAUGCAAGGUAUAUUGCUACGCGUAGAUGUAUUUGUAAAGAGCCUGUUUGCGAUCGUCACCGAAACGAAACCGAGGAUAUAAGCGGUGUGAAUGGGAUUGGGAGGCAGAAUUAGUGCACCGUAUCGUUCACUCCGCCUGCUGCAAAAAAUAACUUUUGCCGUCUUUUUUGCUCACUGUCUACAGCAUGGAAAACUAGGCCAUAAUAGUGUCCGUCCAACGAGACAGACAGACAAAAGAAAAACGAACAACGAGAUAAGAUGAAAGAGAUAGAGAUAAAGAGAGAAAAAGAGAGAGAGAGAAAGAAAAAGAAAGAAAAAAAGAAAGAAAGAAGGAAAGAAAAAAAAAGAAGGCUGUUGGAGAAUGGCGUUUCAUUUUUCCUUUUCCUUGAUAGGAAUUUUUCAUUCAAAAUAGUGCAUAAAUUUUACGCCACAGACGAGUCGAAAAAAAUCAUACACGCAUGGACAAUUAUCGCGUACGCACAAUUUACGCAAUAUACCCGACGUUGAAUACUCGCUUCUACCACGUGCCCACUCGCACAGAUGAAGCAACGCCUUAGGUUUGUCUGCCGAGCGUUCAAAUUUGCGGCGCAAUAGGCAUCUUAUCCUGCUUGUCUGUUAACCGCAAUACUAGCUCUCCUUGGUGCGAAAGUGUUACGUUCGCUUGUGCGCGAAGGAGACAGCUCCUUCUAGCAAGGAUGCUGUGACGUACACUAAUCGGCUAUACAUUAAGUGGUGUGUGCGUUUUUUGUAACCUCUAAAGCAAAAAAAAAGAAACAAACCUAACCGAGAGAGACACGUAAAUUCGCCUUAUGUGCUUUCAUGAUUUUGUCGUACGGUUCGAAUUUCGCCACUGACCUUGAAUCAUUUGGUGAGAAGUUAACAUUUACGACUCUCUCUCUCGGUGGUACAUAUCAUCACCACUUACUAAUGUUGUCUUGAAAAAUGUUUUGUGGUAGUUUGCCAGUUCAUUUCCUUUUGAACAUUUAAUUUGUUCUUAGAAGGCAUAGUAAGUGGCAUUGUCCCAGUUUGCAGAUUAUUUUUUGUGGUGGAUUUUGUUCUUUGUUGUUAAAUAAUUGAUACCUUAAUAAUAUGAGCAAUUUAAUAACAUAAAGGUUUAAUAUGAUUUUCAAUGUGUCUAUUCCGGUCUGGAUCUAUAUUAGUUUAUUUUGUUUUUCCACAUAUUUUAUGUUCAUGUUAUAGAUAUGUAUAGAUUAUGUUUUUUAACAUUUUUCGUUCGUUUGCAUGAAUCGGUUUGGCCAAAUCCUGUAAUGCUUGCUUUUAAAAGUGUGUAUUUGUGUAUUCUGGUUAGGAAAACAAGAUUCAUGCGCAUACCAUUCCGGGACAGUGCAGAGAGCGACAGACUUGCAAGCCAGCCAGACAGACAGACGGGAUAAAUGUGUUGUUUGGGUUCCUGGUUCCCUUUCCCGAGUUUCAGCAGCACAUGAAGGACAUUCGCUUCGUUCUGCAUUCUCUCAGGGCAAUGCAGAGGUUGGGCUGCUUUAUUAAUGUUCUUUGUUAUCGCAGUUUCCUUCCGCAUCCUGGCCGCAUCCAUAGCCACUACGUUCUGUUGUAGAACUGUUUCGGUGUCACAGUGUCCGUGAGGCUCGGUGUUCUCUUUUCUGCAUCGUUCAGGCACUCGAAGCAGAUUUUAAUUCCAUUUUAAUCAUUUUACGGCCACGCACACAUUAUUGGCUUUGUACAUUGUUCGCCGAAUUUUCCCUCGGCAGGUUUUGAACUCGUUUUUCCUCGAGUAGUCUUCCGGGUUCUUGAGAGAAAGUAUCUUUUUUUUCAAGCGUUAUAUUUAGUAGAAGAUGGUAUGGACAAACAGUGGAUAUAAAAUGGCAUGAAGAUAAUCGGUUGAAGGUUGUUUAUGGUGUUUCUUAAAAUAUUGAACAGGAACAGCUUUGUGAAAGAAAUCCUAAGAAAAUGAUAGCUUUGUUAUUGAAAAGAAUGGAUUGUGUUGAAUAGUGUUUUCUCAAUGUGUUCAUUAUCUGUUCCUUGCGUUGCUGAUCCUCAUGAAUAACAGUUAAUUAUCCGUUUUCGAAUCGGAUGUAUGGAACUAAUUGCUGCGUAGCGCUUAAUCCAUUAAAAAAAAGGUUUUGUACAAAACUAUUCCAGAGAAAGUCGAAUGGCCGAUGCAAAUAUCGUGCGAAUGUAUUAAUGAAUAAUGUUAAAUUUUUGUGAGAAAAUUAUUUUGUUAGUGCUGGACAAAUUCAAACUUAGUAACAUUAACCAGUUGCUAAUAUAACGGUAGGCGGAAUAGGCGGCCGCCUAGAGCCCGUUUUUCAGAGGGCCUCGAAGAAGAAAAAUGUGUAUGAAUGUUGGUAGCAGAAGAAAACCUUUCCUCUAGCCAUGAGAAAUUCGCCGACACGGUGGUAUGCGAAAGGGGCCUCUUUUCUAAGACUAGUUUGCAAUAUGAUCGAAAUUUAGGGACAUUUUUAAAACGGGUUUCCUACGGGUAAUCACAUCAGACCCCUUACCUUUACCCUUGUGAACGUUAAUACGUGGCAAAUGUGUUUUGUCAUAAACCAUGCUACAAACGUGUGAUGUUUGUUUUUUUCGUAAUCUUCGCACUAGCUUCGGCUAUUCAAUAACAUUUGGAAUUAAUAAAAAAAACUUUCGGUACAUGUGUGGAAAGCGGCUCCCUUGCUUUGUGCACCGUAAACAAUCAAGAUUUAUUUUUUUUGUGCUAAAAAUGAUGAUUUCUAUUUCUUAAGGAGUAUAAUGAACAAGCUAUGCAUUUUUUUGUGUAUUGUAAAAUGUUGCCAUUGUAGGCGAAUGCGGUGUGUUAAAUGUUUAUGAAAGUAAAGUGUCCUGCGCAUAAACUGUAUAACCGUCACUGUCAAUGACUGUAUAAUUCUAAAAAUAGUUAAUUCAAUGAUAUUUAAGGAAAUACAUUAAACGAUUAAAACAAUAUUUUUAUCGUGCAAAUUUGCCGCGGGCAGGAAAAUAUCGCCCUGCACGUUGCAUUUGCUCUGAAAUGUUUGAACGAAAAUGUAGCACUCAGUGUUGCACCGAUUGGUAUUCAGCACAUAUUACCAGGAGAAUGAGUGCUGAGAGAACACCAAACGAAAACGAGACGGGAUAAGCCGAAGUGUGUUUUUCUCUUUCCAUACAUGAUUUCGUGCCAUUAAGAGUGCGGAGGGUACAAUGUCUGAUUUCUCUGUCGCUUUGGCGAGUUCGCUUCACUAGCCAGCUAUCCGGGAAAAGUUGUUAAAAAAAUCAACUUUCAAGCAGGUCGGUUGUGCGUCUCCGCUGCGCGUGACGAGAUAGCGUACAGAAUGUUUAGCAGUUGCGGAAAGAUCACAUAUUGCUAUCUUGGGAGCCUUUAACCGGCUGUGGUAAGAGGAGAGAACCACAAGUUUCCUUCCGUAAAGGAAGGCGUUCAUAUUUCAAAACGUGAGCAAGUGUGUUAGUAUCGCAAAUUCUUCCGUUGUUUUCCCUACUGAGCGAGGAGAUUUUGCUUUUCUCGGCGAUUUCGUUGCGUUUGAGUACGAAAAGUAUCGUCCGGAAAACGGGAUAAUAUUCUCGCUCUCGACAUGUACAUGUACACAGGAAAAGUGAAAAGAGUGAUAUAUUGUGUGUGUACUAGUGCGUGUGUGUAAACCAUUCUUGUGUAGCAAAGAGGAGUAUUUGCUAUUUCAAAUGUCUUCUUGGUUACUAGUGCUCCUCCAUUGGCGGAAGAAUUGCGUGCCAUGAGCUAAUAAAUUAGAAAUUGAAUGAAAAUUAGUUCCAAUCCCGGACGAAGUGGAAGAAAAUACAUAACAAAGGCGAAAGAAGUCACCGUAAUAAAACGGCACCAGCAGGUGGAAGUUGUGUUGCCCGUGGUGUAGUUGCUCUUUAAUGUUGGCCUGGUUUAUCAUAAGAAUGUUUUUCGACCAGGUGCCGCGCUUGUGUAAAUGAGUAUUUCGAUCAUGCGGCCCUGUGCUUGCUACGGUGAAAAUAUACACAUUGUUAAUAUUCAGCGUGCAGUUUUCGAAGGAACAAGGCGCCUAAAAUUGACUAAAGUUUUCUGAAUAAUAGCGAAAAACACAUCUUCGUAGGAUAGAUCGUCCGGUAUUGGCGGCAUUCCCACCAACAUCAUCGACAGCAGGUACUGGUCAAACUGUUCUCAUGGGCCACCGUGGCGGAAAAUUGCUGCCGCGAUGUCCACACUUACCAACAACGCCAAUAAUAAUAAUAAUAACAUCAACAAAAGCGCCAGUGGCAACACCACCAAUAUACAACAACAGCAGCAAUAUCAAUUUUCGUCCCAAGGUGCACCAACUGCACCAACGACGACUUCUAGCAGUAUCGUUGGUACGUCAACUACGGCAACGAGCAACAGCUUCAACAACAACUUCCACGCAUCCGAUUGUAUCCACAUUAUCAACAACAACCUCAACAGCGCCAUCAGCCAAAGCCAACCGACGGCAACGACAACGGCAAUCAAUAACAGUAGUAGCGGUGGCGUCGUCAGUGGGAUUCUUGGCGUGCAGGAAUUUAGCGCCAAGCUGUUCCUACCGUUUUCACGCUCGAAGAUGAUGCACUCAUCAUCGAUGAACACCUCGACAGAUCCAUCCACCAUGCCGAUGGAUAGUCCAACGACUACGGCGGGUUCGUCGAAGGGUGCGACUGGAAAUAUUUUUACUUCCGCCACCAUUGGCAGUUCUGGACCGGGUCGCAGUUCGUCCCUGGUCAUACCGGAGGCGCUAAACGUGGUGCUGCAUGGUUAUCAGCGCAAGUUAAAGACGAACAAAAAGAAGUACUUUGUUGUGUACGGUGAUCGGCCGGGAUUACCUGCCCGGCUCGAGUACUUUGACAAUGAGAAAAAGUUUAAGCAAUCGUUCCUGAAGAGUGGUAACUGUGAGGGACCGACGCCGAAGCGCAGCAUCGCGCUGCGUUCCUGUUUCAACAUCAAUAAACGUCACGAUACUAAGAAACACAUCAUCGCACUGUACACCAAGGACGAUUGCUUCUGCAUUGUGUUUGAAAGUGAGGACGAACUAAAUCGGUGGCUACGGACGCUUUUACGAUUGCAGCGCGGCGAAGAAUCGGAAGGAGAUCCUCCUAAGCCCACUUUCGAGCACGUUUGGGAUGUCUACGUGCAGCGCAAAGGUCUAGGCGACAGUUACGGCAUUCUUGGCAACUAUCGACUAUGCAUUACCGACAAAAUACUUUCAUUGAACCGUAUCGGAUCGGAAUUAACGCCGCACCAGGAGAAAAGAGCCGAAGUGGUCGAGUUUUCGUUAGCAUCCAUACGACGAUGUGGACAUUCUCAGCGCUACUUUUACCUGGAGGUUGGCCGAAGCUCAAAAACAGGAGCGGGCGAAAUAUGGAUGGAAGUACAGGAUUCCAUCAUCGCGCAAAAUAUGUACACCACAAUCAUGAAGUCAGCGAAAAGUAAAGACGACAACCUUGGUCCAAUGAUACGAAUACGAUCAUCUUCGGCAAACGCUGCCUCGAAACCCACCUCGAUGCUGUUCCGCCGUCAAACGCACACCGGCCAGAAACCAAUCAACUGCUCACCGUCGAGUGAGGAUCACUCAAACAAUGCUACGAACUCCGAAUCCUCGUCGGCCGCCAGCAUCAAUACGGUCGUGCUGGUCGGUACGCCACCCAAAGGGUCCGGAACAAAUAAUACUAGUGCACCGAAUUCGAAACCAAGAUUAGUAGUACUAGAGAACCCUAACUUACCAGCCUGCCUGGAAAAUUCUCUGCUCGGUUCGUGCGCUAGCUCUUCUUCCAAAAGCGCUACUGCUACUUCUGCUACUUCUACCAUCAACGCUACUUCUAUUACCACAACUGUUACUUCUAUGACUACUGUCACUUCCUCUACUGUCACUGCUAGUAUGGCGAACUCCAUGUAUACUACUACUCCCGAUUCCUACCAUGCGCCUAUGAUCGUUCCUUUUGCGGGUCACACACCUACCAACUCCUCGGCAGCUGCUGUCUGCUCUACGUUCACCACCACUCCUGCUGCCAUGUUUAUGUGUUCGCACAGCAGCACUUCGUCGCUAACGAGUAUCAGUUCCUGUUCACCAAGCGAUGCGUACGUUCCUCUUGUACCCGGUCCUGGACUACUUGGGACCAGUCCCAAUCAGCAUCCUCUGUACGGUGUGGCGGCCGGUGGUGUUGGAGCUAGUGGGGCGACUAUAUCCGGUAGGGGUGGUUUGAUGGGAUCACCACGUCUAGGUGUGGCUGCUCAGUCCCAGAGUUAUCGGCGAAUAUCGCUCAAGAAAUCCACGCACGAUAGUUGUGUUGGUAGGACGGUGAAAAUGGACUCUGGCAUCUCUUCACCACUGUUAUCGUCUAACCAACGGAGGGGUCACCAAUCACGUCACUAUCAACAGCAGCAGCAACAUCUACUCAGCACUGCCAUGCUUCCACCAAACGCUUCUCACCAUCAUAAUCUACUUCAACAUCCACAUCCCAAUCAUCAUCAACACCCGUACCUUCACUGUGGCACACAACUACCGUCCUCAGUAGUAGCGUCCGGGGUAGUAGGGCACCCGAAUACACCAAAUUCGGUUGCUGGUUUGCAUCACACAGUUACAGGGAUCAUUGGUGCUAGCAGCUGCAACAGCAGCAGGACCAGCAGCAGCAGCAGUAGCAGUACCAGCACCGUCGCCGGUACCAAUGAGUUUGCGUCCUCCUCGACUGACCAUGUUACAUCCGCAUCCUCCACAUCCGGAGUAUUCCAUCAAAGAGCUUUAUCAUUGCCAAGCGCUCCCAUGUUAGGCCAUUCUCUCCAUAGCAAUACGAAUCAUUUGAAUGCCCUCCAUGCUACCGGUAGUAGUGUCCGGUCAUCCUCGCAAAGCAGCGUUGCUGCGGCAAGUUCUGGGCAGGGUUCGGGCACCUGUUCGGGCCCAACUAGCAGCACCUGUGGGCAGCAGCAUAUUGUCACGCUGUCGGCAUCUCAGUCAUCAUCUUCUACAUCUUCCACCGGCACGAUUCAACCGGUUCACCACCGUACCCGUUCAUUGCCCCUGACAGAAGAGUCGGCUAUUCGCGUCACGAACGAACGAUCGAUAGGCCAGGGUGGAUGGUUGCAGCAGCAGCAACCGCAGCACCAUAACCAUCACCACCACAACCAUCUCCCGUAUCCCCAGCAGCAGCACUACUCUUCAUCGUAUUCCUUCACCGGUGCAACAAAUCAUCAUCGGAAGUCAUCGUCGGCCUAUUUACUCACACCGACGCUCGCCACCGGCGGUGGGCUCAUGUGUUCUCUGCACGGUACAGCGAACAGUGGAGGUGGAUGGUCACCGCCAGUGUCGGACUUGCUGUGUGUAUCGCCACACCGCCAACAACAUGAAUUUUCGCCGGAUACAGGUAGUACGUCUUUCGCAAGUGUCGUACCGUCUCGUAGCUCGAUGGAAAGUAUUAUUGAAGACCAGCGGUAUCUUCCGAUGGAUCUGAAGAAAUUACCAUCACAGUCCUCAGUUGGCCAGAACGAGGAAACACCGUGUCCGGAGAGUGGUCAGGCAGGUCAGCUACCGCUAAUCAGUCGCCUGUUACGCAGCAGCAAUUUGCAGCAACCUUCCGUUUCAUCUUCGUCACCAUCGCCGUCGUCGUUGUCCAACGGCAAGAUAGGUCUGCUCGGGCUAAAGAUGGCUAUGAUGGCGGAUGGUGGCCGUUUGAUGGGUGGUGGUUUGGCUGGGUCCACCUCGAACAGCUGCACCGCUAACGGUGGCUGUAGUUGUAGUAGUCCUUCGUCACAAUGCAGUAGCAGUAGCAAUUGCAAUCACGCCAUUAGUAGCAAUACCACUUCGCAUAAAAGCACGAACGGUACCUCACCGGGAGCACUGCGUCGCCCGAGCAUUGGCCGCACUGCCAGCGGUACGAUCAGCAGGAGUGUUGCCAUUGCGCGUGAUCGCUGCGACAGUCUUCCAUCGCGAAAUCGAACGACUAGCGAAACGAUGCCACAUCAACAGCAGCAACAACACCAUCAACUUCAGAAUCCGCAGCAGCAUCAUCAGCUGUUGUCAAACAGUGGUGGAAUGCCACCGCCUCGCAUGAUCCCGAGCAACAAUCGACCACACUCGGUACACAUCAGCCAUAGCCACAGUCCGCCAGUCAAUUCGUCCCCACUUAGCCCGCCUCCACCUGUCACCUACUCGACCGGAUCGGAUGGGUCGUCUCUCAGCAUCGAUGAGUCGACAGACAGCUUCAUCACCGGCUCAUUUACACCGGACGAAGGCAAUGGCUACCCUAAGGUCAUUAAUCAACUCAAUUCCGGCUGCUCGAUACCGGAGGAAAACUCAGAGGAGUUUAUCAAAGACUAUGGCCAUAUUGAUUUGCGUGUCGGUUGUGGCCUUCCACAACACGACGACUUCACGCUUCCCGCGACACGAAGAGGAGGAAGCCCCGCCCCUUCGUCCACGGUCGGUUCGGUCGAGGGUAGUGCAUACAUGGAGAUGUGUAGCCCAAGUGGUAGCUCGCCCGGCGAUCCAUCCGGUAGUUGCUACAUGGCAAUGUCACCAGUGGCAGACUUUUCGCGGGGGUUAUGUUCCAGCUCUAGUGCACACAGUCGCGCUUCUAGUCUCGCGGAAGAUAUGGUCGAUGGUGCAGGGUAUGUGCCAAUGACCAUGUCGCGUACUGCACCUGCAACCGAAGAGUAUGUCCUGAUGGAUCCAGCUCUUAUUGGUGGCGCCAGCAGUCGACUUUCGAACGCAACCAGUGUUGGAGGAUCGGGUAAUAAUGGUGGCAGUGGAAUUGGCGGUGGCGGUAUGUCUUCUGCUGCAUCGAGCUGUAGCAUUACCUCCGGGACACCCUCGACUGAUCUGCGCCUUUCGUUAGAGAAAGUUCCAGCAUACAUUGGGCAGAAUGACGAUCACGAGGUGAACGAUCGACCAUUCCGGACGUACUCGGUGGGCAGUCGUCCGGAACUCAUAAAGCGUAAGCUGCGCGUUGAAAUGCUAAGCUCCGGCGAGAGCUCUGUAGGUGGAUCGAGUGGUUCUGCCAGUUCCCGGCAGCGCGCUUUUUCCGUCGGUUCCCGUGCUAAGGUGCCGCGCUGUUCGGACAUGUACAAGGGAUACUCGGCGGCACCGGUUAUCGUCUCAUUUGCAUCAACAAGCUCCCAGGGUAGUAUGCUGACGAGCAGCAACAAUAAUAGCUCGAGCAGUACAAGCAGCAUUUCGCAUGCAGGCAGCUUUGGUGCCUCGAUUGGAGAGAAUCUACCACUGGACGAGCUGGCACCCGAUACCAUGGGUAGGAACUCGGCCAGUGGAUCUCUCUUACCCGACGGUGGCGGAAAACCUCCGUCGCACGGUUCGCACGCUCGGAUGAGUGAUUUGAUGGAGAUCGACUACUCGUCACCUCGCCAGGUGAAACCUUCCACGAGAAUUAGCGAACCACUUGGCAUGGAGGACUAUCUCGACAUGUCCGGCAAUGUUAAUAACAACGAGGAGGAUCGUCGACCACAUGCUUCCGUGUCCGGUUACGUCGAAAUGCGACCCGGUCGCGUUAACUCCCAGUCAGAGGAGAACGACUAUUUGAACAUGACAUCGGGCGGCGUUAACGCUGCUAUCUCAAGUAAUGAUGCUGACGAACUAGAUAGUCCGGCGGGUGUUGGUCGUACAUCCACCAAGUCUAUCAGUACCCCUAUACAGAUUACUACGUCGCGAGAAGUUGCCGGUCCCGCAGACACGACGAAUAGUGGAAGCAGUGCCGGACAGAACAAUAACUACCUCGAGAUGUAUCCCCGCGCGCUUGCAAAAGAUACGAACCAGGACAGUGCCACCGUUACGAAAAUACCUUCGGAAGAUUACCUGAACAUGUCCCCACUGAUGAUCAGUUCGCUUGGGGAGGCCAGUGAAAGCGAAGAGAAAAUGAACACACAUCAGCACGGUGCUGAGGACGUGUUGCUUGAGGCAUCGAGCGAACCCGACGGUUAUAUGGAGAUGUCUUGGAACCAUGGCGUUGGGACCACCGGACCUUCAUCUUGCUCUUCAAACCAUGCGGAUAGACUCCAGCCAAUGAACGGGGACGACUAUAUGAACAUGUCUUGUGGUUCACAGCUGGAAGAUGCAUCACGAGCGUACUCCGCACCCAUCACCAUUCAACCGAGCGCUGGCAAAUGUCGACUCGAUCUAAGCGGUGAAUCGAAGGUGGAAGCGAAUACAAACAUCCCCAAUUAUCUACCUCUUGGACAACAUCCGGACGCACGGAAGUCCGUGCACCAUUCGCACGUUGCACCGGCAACCAUUGUUGCUUUGCAGCAACACCUACCACUGACCGUGCAAGGAUCUAUCCAGACAACCACCGGUCAGCAGAGCGGUUCGAUCGGAUUUAGUCCCUCGAAGUCGGCGGGAAUGCCCGAAAGGUCACGCUGUGAUUCACGUGAUAGUGGCAUCGUUACGCCUUCGGGCAGUCAACCUACUAUCUUUCCCUUCAGUCCGGCUAGUCCCACGAAACCGUUUGCACCGGUAACGAAUCACGUGCCAGACGAAUUUAAGGUGGAGCCGCUAGAGGAUCUAAGUCAAAAUUAUGCCGAACUAAGUCUCGGGCGACAACAGCUCCAGCAGCAACAGCAGGCAGACUCGCCAUCGACCGCGACACGAAAACUGUCCAUUGAGAGCAGAGGGACCGAAUCGUCCAGCAAGCUUCAAAUAAUGCCAAACACUAGCUACGGGCAACCAGACUACGUCAAUUAUUGUCCGACCGCUACGCCUACUGAUGGCAUGAAUGUGCAACUAAACGUUCAACCGCCAUGGCGAAAACGCUUCGAGGACGAUAGUGCUGGAGAUUAUGCACUGAUGAAUCCGGCAAGCACACGAAAGCUUUCCACCACUUCGAUGGGCUUGGGAGCUUCUGGCGUAUGCCCUUCAUCUCUAACCACUAGGAGUCUUGGUACCGGAAGCUCCUCCAGCCUAACGGACAACGUCUCGCCACCGAUGCUGGUGGCGCGAAAAUCCACACUACUACUCUCCAGCCCACACAUGGGCUUCAAACCAAUUACCUCGUCACAGGACGCGGAAUUACUGAUACACAGCAAGCUACCGAUUGCUUCAGCCAAUUCACCGAAAGCAGUCAACCUCACACGGCGCACGGGUGAUCUGGCCUUCACCUUUACCGAGCAUCAACCGCAGCAGCGCCCGUUGCAACGCAGUGUCUCUACUGGGACGCGUCCGAACAGUGUUAACAGUGAGCUGAUUGGUAAGGUUGGUUCGACAACACCCGUUCCAACUGGUGGUAUCACUCCUACAAGUGCCUGUGUUAGCACCCGCCCAAACUCGGCCAACAGCGAACGGCUUCCCGUUAUAUCAGCUACCUCAUCAUCCGCGUCGUCCACGUCGACGUUGUGCGAAAGCAAAAACCAAAGUCCUACCGCGUCGAGUACAGCCCUCGCUAUGGUGGGUACGUCCUCCACCACUAUCAGCCCAAGUGUGGCCGAAUCCCGGCCGGAUUCUGUCACCUCCAUCACCGAUCCUAAUAUCGUUUCUCGGCCUCCCUCGGUCAGCUCGGAGCGUGAGCUACAUUACGCUAGUCUCGAUCUGCCACCCUGCAGCAAACAUCCACCGGGCGCUUCACAGUACGUUCCUGGUACGUUGAUGAUGUUAGCAGGAAAUGCUAGUAGUAAUAACACCAACGCCACCAGCAUCAGCAGUAGUGCCGGUGGCGUUACCAAAAUGGACGUAGACGAGCCGUUGCCUGGAUCUAACGAGUCGCGCAGCUCGAUCGACGUGAUUAAUUCUUCCAGCCCUAGUCCCAGUUCGAGCGGCUGUAAUCUGCAUCAACAACAGCAGCAGCAACCAGUGCGAUGUGCCGCCUUCACCUACGCUAAGAUUGAUUUUGUGCGAUCACAGGCACAGAAGCAACAUCAACCACAGGGUGGUCAGGGAUCAGCAGGUACUACCGGAAGCGGGGGGACCAGUACACCCCAAUCGUCUCAAGCGUAAGCGUAGUAGUAAAGAAGAUGAUAUAUGUUUAUAAGAGAUGCUUAUAGAGAGAAAGAGAUAUAGAAAUAGGGGAGGGUGGUGUGAGAGAGAGAGAGAGAGAGAGAGAGAGAGAGAGAGAGAGAGAGAAUGCCCAUCUUUAUCAUUAUGUGCCACGUUGUUUCUGAAUUGCUUGUUUUGUCGGUUUAAGUUAAAAAAACGGAUUUUUCCUAAACGCUAGUGUAAAGGUAGGGUCCUUGAGUAAAUUUGUUUUCCUUCUUUCUGAUUUAGGAAUUUAGCUUAUGCAACAUGCUUCUUCGCUCUUCCGAAAUUACUUCUCGGAGGAUGUUGGUGUAGAUUUAUUGCAACAUAAUAUAAUACAACAUGUAGAAUAAGAGAAAAAAGAGGAAAAUGCAUGUUAGGGGAAAACUGUUCGGUUAUAAAAGUAAGACUUACACAAGGGACCAGUGGCGGAUCUGACAGUAGAGGUGGAGUAGAUUGCCCGUCUGCCAGGAAGUCCCCGAGAAACGGAAAUGGUCAUGAAAGUUGGUAGCAUAAAAAAACCUUUCUUCCAGCCACGGUUCACUGGCCAACAAGGUGGAAUCGAAAAGGGGCCGCUUUUUUGUCACAUGAUCAAACCAAAACCCCUUUAAAGCUUUUUCCUUCUAAUCGAAACAGAUACCAACCCCUAAGCCCGACACCAAUUACCCCCCAUCAUUCCCUACCCUUUGUGCUCCCACACUAUUUUGUAUUACAACGUUCUUGCUCCAGCGUUAAAUUCGGCGCAGUAGGCUGUGCGCUAAGCCGUAGUACAUAUAACCGUUUCAUGCAAAUGUUAGCAAAUGUUCGCAUAACCUACGAAAUAAUUCUAAUGUCUAAGCAACACAUUCUAAUGUGUGCUAAGAGUGAUCGUUGUUAAGCGAUAACAAGAUUUUUCCAUCUCGCGUUUAUCUAUGCAGGCAAUGUACGUUCUUGUAUUCUUACUCCAAUUUUAAAGUAAUCAUUGUGGUCAGUGCAGUUUGCUGUACGCUAACGCCGGAGGGUACGUGUGUGAGGUUAAAAAAAUUUGCAAUCAGUGCGUAUACUAUGCGUGUACUAAGCUUGCACAUGAAAUGGAUUUGUUGUGCAGUGCAUUUUACCAAAGAGUUUUUUGUUUUAUGUUGUUAAGAAGUGUUUAUAUGCUUACAUUAUCCAUGCCACAAAUGUAAGAACGGAUUUGACCCAGGGGAGGCGAAGGGUUGUUAAAUUAUUUUUUACGAGGCCUUUUCAUUCCCCUUUCAAGAGGGAAAAGUACGAGAAGUUGAGAGCAGCCGCUUAGCCGAUUAUCCUCAAGAAUCUUAUUCCAUAUACAGAAUUGUUAGUAUUUCAAUUCGUGUGAUGUUAUGUUAAACAGCGAUUUUUUUUGCACGUGUACAUAUUGUUGCCAGCUUGGUUGGUUGGCUUGGUUUGUCAGCGUAUGCUCUCGUGAUACUUGUUCAUUUCGAUCGAGUGUGGUGUUUUUAAUGCACCAAAUCGUAAAAUGUGUAAGUAGAAGAAGAAUGCAACUGUGUAAAAGUUGAGGGGCUCAAAAAUCACAAACAGUACUGUCUUCCGAAGCAAAUGCUUUCGGGAAUCUCAAUUUUUAUCCCUCAUUGUAUUUUAAUCUAGCGAUCUUGGUCCAGUUUUACAGCCGGCCCAGUUGACUGGCCACUAAGCUAGUGCGGUCGUGUUGUGUAAGUUUAAUAAGGUUCCUAUCUCGCGCUAACGUGCUGAUACGAGUGUGAGAUUAAGGAAUUUUACAACCAAUGGGGAUGUAAGAAAUUUUAUCAAUCAAUGCUUGUACGAUGCGGAGAAGCGUGCAAAUGCAUUUGCAAUUUGUGUUGUGCAGUGCAUUUUGCAAACGAGUUUUAUGUUAUUUAGGCAUGAAUUCGUGUAGUGAAAGAAAAGGAGCAGUACUGUCUUCCGAAGUUAAUGAUUUCCUCUGUUUUAUGAAACUAAAAUAUCCUGCGUAUAAACUAUCGCUUAGACGGGUAAGUUAACAACAUUCAUUCAGAAAUAUCGAAAGUAAGAUUUUUCCAAGGGGUUUGAGCCGCCACUUCAAGGGUCUAUCACACUACAGACCAUAGGAAAAUUGACCGAAAACUGCCAAUAAAUUGAAGAAAAAACUAACAAAAGAAAACCACAGAGAAGAAAACGAAUGAUGAACACUACAUCAAAUCUGUAUAAAUUUUAUACACGAUAAUGGCUCCAUAACGUAACAUACAUAAGUAUGCAUAAGGGUGCGGGAUGGAGGAGGCGCAGAAAUAGGGAGAUAGAAAUAGAGAAAAAGAGAGUAAGAGAGAGAGAGAGAUAGAGAGAGAGAGAGAACAGGGUAUUCGAAACAUGCAUGGAUGAUACAUUUGAAGUUUUCUACACUGCAUGACAGCGAAAACACCUCCCUCUCUUUCAAUGAUUUGUUAGCAUGAACAGCCAUACUCUUUUAUCAUUGGAGUUAUGGGAGUUUUGCAUUGAAGACGGUAACAUAACCUCAAAUACCACAGACUUUUACGAGCAGUGAGUGCGCACUUUGAUAGCACAGCCGAAUGGAACUAUCACGAGAAGCAGCAUGUAAGGGAAGGGAAUGGUACCUGUUACCGAACGAAGUAGAUGCAACUUUAUAGGCCAGGUAUAGGGCAAGUGUAGGAAAAACCAGACAGCAACAGUUAACCAGUAGAUGCAUAUUGUAGAUCAUCAUAUUUGUAGAACAGAAGCUGCAGUACAUAUUGCCACUGUAUAGCUGCAAAAGCAACAGCAACUACUAUUAUUGCCUACUAUUGCUAAACCAUUACUUCUACUAUUCGAGAAAAAGAUAUAGCGGGAGUAAUGAGGUUACGAGCAAGGUCUCUCUAUCUCAAACUCUGUUACCAUUGGAGGCCUCUUCUUUUUGUUGUAUGAAUAUUACAAACAAAAAAUGAACGAGGACCACGAAGAAGGAAAGUGAAUCAUGAAAGUGAAUGGAGCGUAAAAACAUAAACAUAAAUAAAUUAAUAAUAUCACUAAUACUGUUACUCAGGCAAGUGUUAGGAGUACAAUACAACCAAGACCCAGCUCUUCUGGACCUGGCUGCAUUUGUUGUUUUAAUAUUUUUCUGUUUGCCUAGAUAUUGCUGUAAAGACGGCAAGCAAACGUGAAGGUUAAUUUAAUGUCACCUGAGCGAUCACAAGAAAUACGAGUUAGAAAAAAAUAAGGAAGUGAAUCAAAUUAUUAGAAAAUGAGAGAAAAAAAUAUUACAGGUUACGAGGAAAAUGAAGAAAAAAUUACUUAAAAACAUGCAAUUUAUAAGAAUAAAUACCACAAAUCAGCUGAUAAAUAGAGAUUUAAGCAGCUUCAUUAGAACGAAGGCAUCAUUCGUUAUAAUUGGUAAACAACACAUCAAAAUACACGCUACAUCCAACAUGAAAUGAAAAUUUAUUCCAUAACAUGUAGAAAACUGGUUGACUGUGGAACGAAGUAAUGUUAAACAAAGCAAAAAAGGAAAUGAUGCUAAAUAUUCAAUUGUAAACUACACAUUAAAACAAAAAGUAUGAAUAAAACGAGAAGAGAUUAGUUGAUAUGCUCUAAGCUAGUAUUAGUCAGAAAUACAUAUAGCAAAAAUAAUACUAGGCUGUAAAUAGUGACGAAAGGUACGCUAACCAUAAACAAAUCAGUAAAUUCACUUUAAAUCCAAUCACCCUACGUUAGUAGCCAAGGAGAGAACUGCAUAUAUAAAAACAAGAAUGUCUGAAUAAUUGAUGUAAAGAAAAUGUGAAAUGCCAAAAUAAGCUUUACUUGAACGUUAUUUUUCUACUUUGUUUUAUGGUAUAAAAAGAAGCAAAAAGUGGAGACAAAACUAAACGGAUAAAAGAGGCAAAUAAACACAUACAGAUAGCUGAUAACCUAUAAACCCACUGCUAGUUUUUGCUUCGUUCGUCUUUUUAUAAGUAUAUAUUUUUUAAACAACAUAAACAAAACGAAAAUGUUAGAAAUACUGUUGAAGCGAUGUUGCAAAAAGUAGGUUUAAACAAAAUUUCCCCAAAUGAAAGUACACCAUACAUACACACCGACAAAUAUACAUAGAGAAGAAAACAGAAAUAUAUGAAAAAGGAGCAUGGAAAAGAAUAGGGUAAAAAUACAAGAAAAAAACCCAACAAUGUUACAUUUUGUUUAACUUUCGCUGCUAAGCACAGAAGACAAGAUUUAUUUCUGUUGUUACAUCGCAUUGCUCGCUUAUUUUUCUCCCGGAUUGUAUUGAAUUAGUCAGUUCAUUGACAGAAAAAAACUUGUUACCUGAAUAAUCAAAAUUCAGAUCAUCGAAGCAAACAACAACACGUGUGCAUUCGUCACAAAUACAACACAAAACCUAGACGGUUUACAGAGAGAAAAAGAAAUAGAGCGAAGAAAAAAUUUACCUUUUUCUUAAAAAUCGUAUUGGCGCAACAUAAAAGAAACAUAGUGGACCUAGUGAAAAAAUAAAGAGGCAAAGUAAUGAAAGAAGAAGCAGUUGAAACUACCUAAAAAGAUAAGUGAAACAUUAAAUUUAAAAAACUUAAUACUGCAAAAGUACGGAACAGUGAAUGAAAUAUGUAACGUACAUGAAAGCAUACUGACGAAAAAAAUCAAAAAUCAAAAAGCAAAAAAAAGUUAUUCACAUGGAAUGAAGUGAGGAAGUUAGUAACAUCGAGUAAAUAAAGGAAAAGUAUAAAAAAGAAAGGAAAAUACGGAACUAGCUGAAAUCAAAUAAGGGAAAAUAAUUAGAAAAGUAUACUUUUUUUCUAAUCAUGGAAAGACACACGUUAACACACGUACAUGCUGUAGAGUUACAGAAAAAGUUAAAUAAAAGUGCGAUACAAAAAGUUGUUCUCUAAUAUCAAUUUCAGCCAAUGUAGAGUAAAAGCAGUUAAGUGAAAGCUGUGUAAGGAGAAAAAAAGAAAAAGUAACAAAGCUAGAAGCAGGAAAAAGCAUAGUGUACAACCUGUUAUUAUUGCUAAAUACUAUAGCUAUCAUUAUUUACUACUGCACUUAAAAUCCUACUAAUAUUACUAACUACCAUUACUUACUUCUACCUACUUCCUACUUACCUACCUAAUUCACCGGUUUCUCUUCUUUGUUAUUUAAUUUUUCAUGUUCUGUUUUUUUACUUACAUUUAAAGUAAGUAAAAUAGGAUUUAUUUGCAUACUAUUGUUUUUUUUUUAUAAAACACCAAAUUGUGUUGCUUUAGGUUUGCCGCUUUUUGUGGUAUAGGUGAGAGAAACAUGUUUUUCGUAAACUCUACAAGUCUCGUAAUAUGGUGUAUAACAUAGAACUCGUUGGUGACACUUUGGUUUGUUCAUAUAAUGUCUCUUAGCACACGGAUUGGACACUUAGCUUACAUUUAUGUUCAUAAAUUUCAUUAUUAUUUUGUUUUUGCUUUUUUUCUCUAGCGAAAUCUUGUUACUAUUAAUAUAGAAUCCGUUUUUAUAAAUAAAUUUUACCAAACCUUUUGAAGACAAUGUUAAGUUAGCCAAAUUUGCUCAUGCACUAGGAACAGAAAUGGAGAAUGCAGGAAACAAAACUGAUACGGUACGGGGAAAUGCAAGAGGCGUUUUCACAUUUUGUUUGAAUACAAUUCCAGUCCCUUGUACACUUACCUAAAACAAAACAAAAAAUAAACGAAGGGUCGAUCCCUUUCCUUCCAGUAAAUGAAAUGUAAAUGUCACUGCCUCGUAUAAGGACUUGUAGGAAACUUUUUUGUUUGUUUGUUAGUUUUGAUCUAGGAUACAACCAUUCAACCAGACUGUGUCCUGGACGGAGUCGAUGAUCCGAAACAUCGAUACAGUCAAAUUAAAUGCGCAUAAGAAAAGGUGUAGACAAAUUAACCAAAAAAACAACACCGCACUAUCACUAGCCCACGAGGAAGCGUGUUGUUUUGUAUAAAUACCAUACUAUAUUUACUACAUGCUACCGUUUGAAGUAUGUGUAUCCUGCUUUUGAGAUUUCUCACCUUCGUUCCUUUACAUAAAAAUAUCCUCGCCUGUUCGAGUAGUAGCAAAAAUGAUAAACAAAACAAAUAGAAGUUUCCUUUUUAUUUACGGAGCCUUACAUGUGAGUGUGCUUACGUAUGUGUGUUGUUUGGUCAUGUGUGAGUAAAGGCUUCGAAGGAUAUAUUGGUAUAGGACAGACAGCCCACACCCACAAGAAAGCUAACAGUAGCAAGCAGUCAUGAAAAGAGAAAAAGUAUGAGCAGCAACAAAAUAAUGCUUGUAAGCCUUAAAAGAAUAACAACAACAGCAGUCAUCAAACCGUCAUUUUACACAGUUUUUUAAUACAUGCGAUACGGGUUAUCGCUACCCAAAGCUGGAGAAAUAAUGAAGGCUAAAUGUAACGAUGAUGAAUUCUCUAAAACUUAAUCGAAAUCAUGUAUAAAAUUCAUGCAUAUUGAACAAAUCAGGAAAUGAAGCAGAAAUAUAAACAGAAAAAAAGCAAAACAUAAAUAAAUAAAAUGAUACCUAGAAAAAUAGAGUAACAUUCGCAAACCAAGUUAGGUCAGUGGAAGUAGAAGAGCUAAAUGAGUGAAAUCAGCAUAAAUUUAGCAGCAGCUAAAAAUAGCAAACUCAAAAAAACACACGAAACCAAACAACAACAUGUGAGAACAAGAGAAUUAAACCGGAAACACUGUGUUCAAUUUACGAUUCUGAAUUCAUACAUGGAUAUUGAACAGCUUUACUUUUUAUUGUAGUGUUUAAGUGGCCACGGGAUAACAUGGAUACGGAUGGCAAAAUCCCGCGACCUUUUGUGUAGUAAAAUAAAAACAGAUAAAGCCUAAUGUAAGGGAUAAAUUUAAACUAGGGAAGAUGCAAAUAUAGAAAGCGUAAAAAUAACAGAAAAAUAAAAAAACUCACACACAUAUAAACAGACAAAAAGAAUGUAAUGAUAAUAUUAUUAAUUAUUAUAGUGAGGAUGAUAAGUAAACCGAAAAGUCAGAAAGAUGAAAAAACCCAAAAAAAUACACAGAAAAUUGAAAAAGAAAAAAAUAUAAAUUAAUUAAUGAAAAUAUAAUGUCCUUGGUUUAUGAGUGUAUCAAUA